AUGGACAAAAACGUUAAUUUGCUUUUUCUUAUCCUUCUGCACAUCACAAUUGAGAGCACUGAGGGAUGCUAUUGUGACCAUUAUCCAUGGACUGCCUGGUCCAGCUGUUCAAAGACCUGCAAUUCUGGGACUCAGCACAGGCAUAGGCAAAUUGUGAUGGAUGACUACUAUAGGAAAAACCUCUGUGACCAACUUUGCACUACGCAGGAAUCCAAGAUCUGCAAUCAGCAGACGUGUCCUAUCAACUGUGAGCUUGGAGACUUUGGUCCCUGGUCAGAAUGUGACCCAUGUGUUAGAAAACAGUUUCGUGUCAGGACCCUGACCCGGCCCUCUCAGUUUGGAGGACAGCCCUGCAGUGAGCACCUGGUAGAUACCCGGAGGUGCUACCCAACCAAAGUUUGCAACAUUGAAGAAGUAAACUGUGAGAAUAAAUUCCACUGUGAAAAUGGUCGCUGCAUCAGUCAAAGCUUGGAAUGCAAUGGAGAAAACGACUGUGAGGAUAAUUCAGAUGAAAGAAACUGUGGCCGCAUCCGGCCCGUAUGCAACAGAAGACACGAGAACAUUCCUGGAGUACAAUUAAUGGGCCUUGGAUUUCAUCUUCUUGCAGGAGAGAGCCGAGGAGAAGUCCUUGGGAAUUCAUUCAACGGAGGCCAGUGCAGACUGGUCAAAAGCAAUGAUACAAGGAAAACAUUUCGUGUUCCUGCAAACCUUGAUGCUGUCACCUUUCAGGUAGAGGAUAAGGAAGAUGAUGUAGAAUCUGAUUUCUACAGUGAUUUGAUUCCCCUGCAGUCCGCUUCCUCUGAAGGCAGUUCUUCUUCUAGCUCCGGCAGAAGCUCUUCUGGAAUCCCGUUUCUGUUCUCGAAAAAGAAAAAAGUAACGAUCACAUCUUCAUACUCCUUCAAGGAAGCUCUCCAAGCCUCUCACAAAAAGAACUCCAACUUUAUUAGGAUCCACAAGGUGGUUGCGGUGUCAAACUUCACCGUGAAGCCGUCAGACUUGCAGCUCUCUGGCGUGUUCUUAAAAGCCCUCAACAGCCUGCCUCUGGAGUACAACUAUGCCCUCUACAGUCGGAUAUUUGAUGAUUUCGGGACUCAUUACUACACUUCUGGGUCAAUGGGGGGCACAUAUGACCUCCUCUAUCAAUACAGUGCUGAAGAACUGAGAAACUCAGGUUUAACAGACCAAGAAGCCAAUGAGUGUGUUCGGACAGAAACGACUAGACGUGUCUUUUUCAGAAAGAAAAAGAAAGUGCAUACGAGAUGCACCAACAAUAAAAUGACCGAGAGACAUGAAGGUUCAAUUCUACAGUCUUCUGAAAAGUCGAUUUCAUUGGUAAAAGGUGGGAGGUCGCAGUAUGCUGCAGCUCUUGCUUGGAAAACAGGAUCUUUCCCCAAACACACUGUGUACACUAACUGGCUGGAAUCGACCAAGGACAAUCCAGUAGUUGUUGACUUUGAGUUGGCCUCCAUUUUGGAUUUGGUGAAGAACUUCCCAUGUUCAGUGACGAAGCGUCGCAACCUCAGGAGAGCUCUUAUUGAAUACAUGGAGAGAUUUGAUCCGUGUCGAUGUGCUCCGUGUCCUAACAACGGCAGGCCUGUGCUGUCUGGAGUGGAAUGCCUCUGCGUGUGCCAGGCUGGAACCUACGGUGAUAACUGUGAGAUCCGGGCACCUGACUACAAAUCCGUUGCCAUGGACGGUUACUGGAGUUGCUGGUCUGCAUGGAGUCCCUGCGAUGGUUCUCAUAAGAGACGUCGGAGUCGAGUGUGUAAUAACCCCUCGCCCCUUAAUGGAGGGAAACCAUGUGAAGGCGAACAGCAGCAAGAAGAAGAGUGCUACAUCUCAAUAUUUGCCGACAGGGGAGCCUUGUGUAUAAAUGACAAUGAUGCCAAAAGGGAGAGUGACAUUUUCAUUGGCCAGCCUGAAUCUGGAUGUCUUAAACCAGGCCCACCAGAAAAUGGAUUCAUCAGGAAUGAAAAGAACCAUUAUGCUGUUGGAGAAGACGCUGAAGUUGUGUGUUUGAGCGGGUAUAACCUCAUGGGGUAUCCGUUCCUUCGCUGUCUGCCAGACCAAACAUGGGCUCAGCAACUUGUCGAGUGCCAGCCAUCUGCAUGUCCCAGACCGUCAGCAUAUCACCAGGUCUCCAUCUCUCCGUUUAAAAAUGAGUACCAGAUUGGGGAAACCAUCCAGCUAAGUUGUCCUGCUGGCUACGUCCUAACUGGCCACGCACAAUACACUUGUGGGAAAGGCCUGUCCUGGGCCCCUCCUGUUUUGAGACCUCUGGCCUGUGAGAGAGGUAACAAGAACUGGAAUGAACGGACUAGAAUUCAAGGCAAUUGUAGUCCAGGCCAAAAACAGGUUGGAUCACGGUGUUUGUGUAUGUCGCCAGCAGAGGAUUGUGGCCACUACUCUGAAGCUUUGUGUGUGCUGGAUUCAGCUUUGGAACGAACCCUUACAAAGACCAGCUGUCAAUACUUGGCAGAAAAGUGCUUGGGAGACCAUUCAUUCCAUUUUCUACAUUCCGGCCCUUGCCCCGAUGAGUCUAACUUGAACUGGGCUGUAGAAAGGGCCAAAAUCUCUACACAUAGCAUAAAGAGAGACCCCUGUGGCUAUGAUACAUGCUUCGACUGGGAAAAAUGCUCCGAGUCACGUGCUGAAUGCUUCUGCUUGCUACCCUAUCAGUGCCCCCGAGGUGGGGCACAUCUUUUCUGCAUACGAACUAGAUCAAGAAAGAUGACGGCCAAUCUAUGUAUGCUGGGAGCACUGAAAUGCUCGGAUGUGAACACCGAAGUACUGAAUGAAGGAAGUUGCUUGGACUAA